AUGAAAUAUCGUUAUGACUACUUGAAAAGCAAGUAUGCCGUUUGGUUGAAAUUAAAAAACAAAACCGGAAAUGUCUAUAAUUCUAUCACAAACACGUUUCAAAUGACGGAUGAAGAGUGGAAAGCGGAGGCGAAGUUGAACAAGAUGGUUGAGAAAUUAAGAAAUGCACCCCUCCUUUACCCUUAUCUAUGCACCCAGUUGUUUGACGGUGCGACCUCGACUGGUGCUGCUAGUUGGGGACCAUCUUCGACACUCCCUCACCUUGCAGAAGUCUUUACUACACAAGAUUAUGAGGAUAUUGAGAUGGUAGAUACACCAUCUCAAAUGGAUAUCCCAGCCUCAGCUUCAACAGUACCCCCACCUACAAGUGCAUCACAUGCAAGUGGAGAUUCGUCUGGCUUGGAGUGGGGAAAUUCUGAUCUGAAAUACAUCACUGCUCUUAUGUUGUUCGCUGAAAAUGCUGGUUACUUAUGGAUAAGGAAGCUUUUUGUCGUCCCUCAUCUUCCCCAUGACAUAAAGUUCACUAGAAAGCAACUGCUUCAGUUGGACUCAGAAGCGUUUAAAGGUUUUGUGAAUGUGUUUAUCGAAGCAAUAAAAGCAGAGAUUAAGAACUACAGAGUGAUUUUUAACAGCUUCUAUGAGCUUGAGCCGGAGUACGCUCACCAUUAUCGUGAAGUAAUGAACAGGAAAGGAUGGCAUAUAGGACCAGUUUCGUUAUGUAACAAGAACACAAAAGAUAAAUCCAAAAGAGGGAAGAAAUCAGCCAUUGAUGAACACGAAUAUCUAAAAUGGUUGGAAUCCAAGGCACCGGAUUCAGUUGUUUACGUAAGCUUUGGAACGAUUGUGAAAGUAACUCGCUCUCAAUUUUAUGAGAUCGUUGUGGGGCUUGAAGCCUGCAACCAAGAUUUCAUUUGGGUCAUCAAGAACGAACAUGACCGGUGGCUGCCAUAA